AUGGAUGAAAAUUGUGAAAUCGUGGAAAUCGUAUCUUCUCAAAAAGGAAAUGAUAAAAUAAAAGUUCAUGGUCGUGCAAUAACAAUUCUUAAUGAUGGUUCACACUACCUUCAAAAAUAUUUCAAUAAUACCCAUGCUCCGCAAGCUAGUAGUG